AUGUCGAACAACAACAACAACAACAACAACAACGCAGGAGACCGCUCUUCUCAAGAGUCGGUCCCUUUGAUCGCAGAGGCCGAGCAGGUCACCCUCUCUACAAGCCCCCAAAGGAGGCCGACAAGGCCCAACUUCAUUCCUCUGGGCUUGCUGUCAAGGAUGCCCGAAGCAAAGGGAAAGGGAAAGCCCCUGCCGACCAAAGCAAGCCUACUGAGCCCGACAAUAAUUCUCAGGCUAUUGCCACGGCACUCAGUGCUCAGCUUCGCCGAGAAGGGAAGGCUGCGACUCAAAUCGACAACGAUGGACCUACUAGGCCCAUUGAUAACUCCCGAGUUAUUCCUGUAG